CUCGGAGCCCUCCGCCCAGUAGCUGUCUGGAGCCAGAAGCCCAGAGAUAGCCGAGGGCGCCGUGCGGGCUCGGGACGCUAGCUGCUCCGCCCGAUCCCCGCCAACUGUGCAGGCUGCUGACCCGCAGCAGCAGCUGCAGCAGCGAGGACUCGAGCGCGGGGGGCAGCAACAGCCGCGGCGACAGCGACACCAUGGAUCUCUCCUUUAUGGCCGCGCAGAGUGGAGAGGAACUGUGUCUGCCUUCGCCUCUGGAUCCCACCGAACCUCCGGAAUUUCCAUGGUUACAAGAUAAAUUGAUCCUUGCUAACCCUGGAGCUGGCUCCAGCAUCAGUGCUGCCAUGGCAACUUGACAAAAUAAACACAGGGCUUUUCAACGUCUUUAGGCAGAGUCUGCCCAGAGACCAGGUUCCCAGUUUUCCUUUUUUGUUUACAAUUCACAUUCCACUUGGUCAACGUAUUCUCCUUGACACAUUUUUGACACUGGUUACAUGCGCAGUACUGUGCUAGCUACAAGGGACAGAAACAUGAAGUGCCACACACGUGAGAACAGACCUUAAGGUUUGUUGGGCACCUACUAAGUGCCAGAUGCUGGGUACUUGGCAUAUUUUAUCACAGCAAACCCUUACAAGUCCAUGACGGAGGCCCCAUUUUACAGGUCAGGACACUAAACGAGAUUAAAUAAUUUGCCCAAGGACAUGCCGUUUGUAAGGAGGAGAACUGGAUUUCAAAUCUGAGUCUGAGUGUCUGCAAAGCCACUGGGGUUUCCACCUUAUUGCUGCAGCCUGAGAAAGAUUUGAUGUAAGAGACAGCUGAGCUCACUCUGAGCCUUCGGUGAUGUGCUGAGAAGGGGAAGCAACAUCCAAUGAGGAUCUCGCUGGUGCCUAGACUGGAGUGCAGUGGUGCCAUCAUACCUCACUACAGCCACGAUGUCCUGGGCUCAGCUGCCCAUGAUGGGAGGAGCUUUCAUGGACUCGCCCAACGAGGACUUCAGCACCGAGUACUCCCUGUUUAACUCCUCUGCCAAUGUCCACGCAGCUGCCAACGGCCAGGGCCAGCCGGAAGAUCCUCCUCGGUCCUCCAACGACGCGGUCUUGCUAUGGAUUGCCAUCAUAGCCACGCUGGGGAACAUCGUGGUGGUGGGUGUGGUGUACGCCUUCACCUUCUGAGGACGGCGCACCCUCCACCACCAUGGGGUGAGGCUUGGCACGUAGCUCUGACUUGCUGUUGGCCUUUGGCUGCUCUCAUGCUCUAGAACCAGGAGUUUUGACCAGAGGCAGCAGCCAUCCUUCUGGAAUUUCCCCCCAGCAGCCCUGAUUUCAAAUAUCCCACGUUGCGGUCAAGCUGAGUCAGAAGACAUGGAAGUAUGGGCCUCCCACCCCUAGAGGCGUGAUGGGGCAAGGCCUUCGGAGGGCAGAUUGGGGAUCCUUGAAACUACAUUCCAGGAACAGGAGACUAGAUGGAACAGCUAGUUAGGUUUAAAACAUAGGCACGGUUUGAUGGUCGCUUGCUGGUGGUAAAUAAUCACUCGUGUGUCUUGUUUUUAUGCAAACUUAUCGAACCUAGGGUGUGGGGUGCUGGGGCAGGAGCGACCCUCAGGACUUCUGUGUUCCCGACCCAAUUCUGGUUUAACAUUCAGUCCCUUGGCCACCUAGUAGGGCCAUUGGAUGUUCCUAAUUUGACUUUGAAAUGGCACCUUUGUCACGAGACACCCGGUCCCUUCCGAGACCCAAGUGCAUCCGGAGACCCAGGGAUGGGGGGUUACUGGUCAUAGGGUGGGGUUUCUGGGAGUGUUGUUAGUGGUUUGUAUCUCCUGGCUGGACUUUCUCUUCUUUUUAAGAAGAGGAGGGGAGAGGAUGGGAGAGGAUGUCUUUAAGAGCUAGAUCUGCCAGGCAGUGGACUCUUCAGGCCACCCACGUGAGGAUGCUCUUUCUUCUCUGAGGAAUCGUGGAAUUUUAAA